UCCACGCGAUAUGUUACAAAGAUCCCGCGAUAGUGGCCACUUGUUUAGAAUUCCAGAAAGAUGGCGGCGGCGCCUCCGGAUGAGGUUACCCUGCAGUCUCGCAUCAACAAGGCCACCAACCCUUUGAAUAAGGAGACUGACUGGGACAAUAUCAAGGGCUUUUUUGAUCAGCUCAACAAUGAACCAGACGGUCCCCAGCUUGCAACCAGACUUCUGGCCCACAAGAUCCAGUCUCCUCAAGAGUGGGAGGCUAUGCAAGCGCUUAUGGUUCUUGAGACGUGCAUGAAGAACUGUGGAAAACGAUUUCACAGUGAGGUGGGAAAGUUUCGCUUUCUCAACGAGCUCAUCAAAGUGGUGUCACCCAAGUAUCUUGGUACCCGGGCUCCAGAGCCAGUGAAGAAGAAAGUGAUAGAAAUAAUGUACAGCUGGACAGUGAGGCUGCCCGAUGAGACCAAGAUAGCGGACGCCUAUCAGAUGCUGAAAAAACAGGGCAUUGUCAAACUGGACCCUGUGCUUCCUGAUGACAAGCCCCUCCCACCCCCUCCACCUAGAGCCAAAAAUCUCAUCUUUGAGGAUGAGGAGAAAUCCAAGAUGCUGUCUCGCUUAUUGAACAGUACUCAGCCAGAAGAUCUAAGAGCAGCAAACAAGCUCAUUAAGGAAAUGGUCCAGGAGGACCAAAAGCGUGUGGAGAAGGUAUCAAAGCGAUUGAACGCCAUCCAGGAGGUGAAAGAGAGUGUCAGCCUGCUGAGCCAGCUGCUGGAGGGCUACAGCAAGCAGAGCUGCUCCCAGAGCAACCAGGAGCUCAUUAAGGAUCUUUACCAGCGCUGUGAAAAGAUGAGGCCUACACUAUUCCGAUUAGCAAGCGAUACAGAGGACAGCGACGAAGCCUUAGCGGAAAUCUUACAGGCCAAUGACAGCCUGACACAGGUCAUCAACCUGUACAGACAGCUGGUAAAGGGGGAGGAUGUGUCCAAGGAUGGCAUAACCUCGCCCUCACAACCAGGCAGCAGUAGCUCAGCACUCGUAGACCUGAUGGGACUUAACUCAUCCGUCAACACGGCACAAUCCAGCCCUGAGCCCUCCAGCGUCCAGACCCUGACUCACAACAUAGGCAUCAGCCUCCUGGAUGAUGAGCUCAUGUCACUGGGUCUGAAUUCAACAGAAAACUUUUCUCAGAACACUUUUCAGGUGCAAGUUCAUUGUGAUGGCUCAGAAUCAUCUGCAACAUUGGCCCCUGCUGCUGUGUUGCAACCAGCUGUGGUCCAAACAGCACAGGCUCCGCCAGCAGGCGGCCCCGCUGCUUCUCCUAAACCCAUGGAAGAGCUGGAAAUGUUGGGGAAGACAUUGUUACAGCAGUCUCUACCUCCAGAGAGCCAGCAGGUCAAAUGGGAUAAGCUCCAACCUCACUCCAGAGUCAGCUUACGAGAUAUGCAGACCAAGUCCGCCGCCAACUGUAGAGCCGCUCCCAAUGUAAGCCCCGCCUCCUCUGGUCCCGUCCCUGCUCCAGGGCCCACGUACAGCCUGAGCGUCCAUUCAGAGCCGCCUGACACUCUCCUCCUCUCCAAUCUGAGUUUCGCGGCUGUUACCGACCCCUACGACAACAUUUCUCUAGCUGAAGUUACCGUGCCUCUGGAAGCAAUCAAACCUAGCAGCUUAUUACCAGUGACUGUAUUCGACAAACACAGUCUCCGGGUUUUGUUCACCUUUGCCCGUGACUGUCCUCCAUCACGGCCUGACGUGCUGGUGGUGAUCAUCUCCAUGCUGUCCUCCGCCCCCAUUCCUGUCACCAACAUCCGCUUUCAGGCAGCUGUACCAAAGGUGAUGAAAGUGAAGCUGCAGCCUCCCUCUAGCACUGAGCUCCCAGCCUUCAAUCCCAUCCUGCCUCCCGCCGCCAUCACACAGAUCCUGCUGUUGGCCAACCCUCACAAGGAAAAGGUACGUUUGAGGUACAAGCUGACCUUCAACCUGGGCGAGCAAUCUCACGAUGAGUCUGGUGAUGUGGACCAGUUCCCGCCCCCAAACACUUGGGGGACCCUUUAGGAAGCAACCGACCCCCCCCCCCCCGUCAUCUGAUCUGCCGCUUCCUUUUUAGAUCUAGGUUGAAGUUGUCCCUCAUUGCUGGCUGGAGGCAAGACGGCCUCUUUAAACUUCAGUGGUUUCAAACUCUGGUCUGGUAAAACAAACUGACACGAGGCCAGUUGUGGGAACCAGCUUCUACCUUGUGCCUUCCUUCGCAGCCUACCUGUCCUUAUUCCAUCAGCUCCGCGUUCCUGUGUUCCAUAGCUACUUUCUUCUUCUUUCCAACAAUCAUUCCAGCGCACACUAUGAAGCAGAAACAUUGAUUCAAUACACUGUCAUUUGGGGGAGCCAAGUUGAACCAUUUUUAUUUUUUUAUUUUAAACUUGAAUGUGUGCAUUUGUCUGGUUAACACACUGUUUAACUAGCAAUCAGAUGUGUCAUGUUACGUGUAUUUCAUGUACCAGCUGGUGUCUCACAUUAUUUCAGUUUUUUUUACUCAACCCCAGUGCUCACACAGAGGAUAGUGACAGUUUGUGUGUUCAGUGUGUAUUCUGAGUGUUCAGAGUAGGUUCGCAAGAAAUUAUUUUUCUUUUAGUUCAUCAAGAAUCAGAAUAGGAAUUGGAAUUAAUGUAACACUGCCUUGGUGGUUGGUGCAUUUAAAACAUAUUAAAAUAAUAAAGUAAAAGACAUGUAUGUACAAAUAUGUACAACAUAACUGUUUAACAAUAAGAAAGGCUGUAUGAUUAAGCGCAGGGUGUGCAAAAGUUCAGAAUAUAUAAUUAUUAUCACAAAGGUCCGGUAUAUAAUCCAGGAUGUUCAUUAAUGUAAGGUGUAGUGUCUGGGGGGGGGUUAAGAGUUGUGGGUAUAGUUAAGGAGACCCACUGCAGUCGGGCUGAUAGGGCUUUUCAGAUACAAGAUUCAAGUGAUGUUUAAACUAUGAACAAUAGUAUAUAAUAUGGAAUUGUUUUUUCCUGAUAAGUAACUUAAUUAUUUGAAUUUAAAUUAAUUUCCUAUCAAAUAAUGGAUUGAUUCAUUUGCUGUUUCAGAGCCACAGCAAUGGUCUUAAUAGUCCGAUGGUAUCAUACUCAACCUACUAGCAAACCACUUGAGUUGCAGAGGGAAAUGUGGAAACUCAAUUUAAUUAUCACUUUGGACUCAUUGCAGUGGUUGUUGUUGUUUAUCCAAUGGAGGGGGUUCAGAGCAUGAGUUGAAAUGGAGUAAUAACUAGAAAUGUAUCAGGAGACGCCACAUCAGUGUGUCAUGGGAGCAUGAGUUGGUACACCGUUUUUAAGUAUUGCCUUUGUUUGUUUUUUGUGUGCGAAUGCGAGCUGUGACAAUAGGCCUUCACCACAGCAGACUUGUCAUAGUAGAAAAAGUGAAGGUGUUCCUACUGGGUCAAAAUGUCUUCUGUGAAAAAGGACUUUGUAGAAAGGGUCCUAAAUCUCUGCCCCUGUUAAAUUCUAAAAUUUAGCUCUUAAUUUCUGCACUUUAUUUUCAAAAGAUCAGGACACUUUUGUUUUUACAUUUUUUUUUCUCUGAAUUUGGAUUUAGAGUUUUUACACGUGACCUUUCAUGGACAUUGUUUUUUCUUUUGCACAUGGAACCAUUCCACAUUACAAUACAUUGUCUUUUCUCAUUUGCUGCCUUUCUACCGUUGAUCAACCCAAAGAGGGACAUGUGAAGUCCUGAGAUGACAUUGCUGACAUCCCGUUUGAUUCUACCACAUGUGCCUGAGAUGCAACGUUUAAUUUUUAUUUGCUUUGUACAUAUAUGUAAACAAAUGACUAGUUUAAUCUAGGUUUCUGUUUUCAUACGUUCAUGUCCAUCUCAGAAAGAAGACUUUGUGAAACAAUUGAAUCAUUCUAAUAGCCACGGUCAUUGAUUUGAUUGUAGCACUUAGGGUCAUAAAGACUAAAAUAAAAUGAGAUUGUGAGAAAUAAUAUUCUGAUAUACAUGUGAAACUCUAAAUGUGUGUACCUACAAUAGGGGUAGAGCUGGAGAUUCAGUUUAUAACGUGACCGAUCAAGUACCCACUGAGUAAUAUUGAUUCCAUUAUACACUUACAUGUGUUACAUUUGUGAUGGUGGAUCAACACACAUCAUCACACAGUGCCAUUCAUUACUCUAAGAGGCUGUAUUGUAGUACUAUAAAUCAGCUAUUUCAUUUCCAUAGAGCUUUUGAUUUAUUGCAAAUAUACAGCUACGCUACUAACUCACCCGGGACUGGAAGAAAGCAAUAAUGAAACAUUACAGUAGCCUCAGUACCCACCUUUCACUCCUAAAUGGCUCAAGCAGAUUAUAUAUAAAGAACAUUUGCGCUCCCUGUAAGAUUUGAAAACUAUGCAUUGAGGGGACUGUAACAGUUCGACUACAUUGUCAGAUUUAUCUUGUCCACAUAAAUGCAAAUUUGCCUAUGGUCAUUGCUACAAGAACAAGUUUAUUGCAGCUUCCAUCUUCUCCACCGUGCCAAUGUACAGAUUCUUUAACAAGACCAUAGCCGAUAGAGUGAGAUGGCAGAGACUGUAGUUCUGCCAUUUUGACAGAGGUCUUGGCCUUAAGGUAUUAACUCAGUAAGUCUCUGCGCUGAUGGAACCUGAACUACAGAAGCAGCCAUUGCACAUCAUGAGACAGGCGACUUAUGUCUUGUAGCUAUGCUAUUUCAUGUUUGGGUCUAGUAUUCAUUAAGGUGUAAGACUUCCCUUGUCUCCCACAUUAAUUUGGAUUGGCAAAAAGAAAAACAUGGAACUUCUACUGAACUAGAUCCAGAUUUUUAAGACUGAUACACCACAGAAAGUACAGCAAAACUAGAUGUGACAAGGUCUGUUCUUGUGUACUUCUAUCCAUUUGUGUUUCUAAUGUAAAUAAAAGCUUAAUGCCAUGGUGUAUAUUUACCAGUGCACAUGAAAAAUAUAAAAGCAACACUUGUACAUACUGCUGGGUGCAAAUGAAAAUGUCCUACAAAUGUGUAUUUAAGGCAAAUAAAGUCAUUUGUAUGGGGAA